UUUCUGGCUGCAGCUCUCGCGAGAACUCCUCUCACCGGAAGUCCCGCUGCCCCGUGCCAACCUGCCUUUCCGUACCAGACCUGGCACCGGGUGAUCGCGCUGCAGCCAUGGCGCUCUACAACUUCAGGAAGAUUAUGGUGGUCCCUUCCGCGAAGGACUUCAUUGAUUUAACAUUGUCCAAGACCCAGCGAAAGACUCCUACAGUCAUUCAUAAACAUUAUCAAAUUCACAGGAUUCGUCAUUUCUACAUGAGAAAAGUAAAAUAUACUCAACAAAAUUACCAUGACAGGCUUACUCAAAUAAUUAUGGAUUUCCCAAAGCUUGAUGAUAUUCAUCCCUUUUAUGCGGAUUUGAUGAAUGUACUCUACGAUAAAGAUCAUUACAAGCUAGCUUUGGGGCAAAUAAAUAUUGCCAAAAAUCUGAUUGACAAUGUUGCCAAAGAUUACGUGCGUCUGAUGAAAUACGGGGAUUCCCUCUAUCGAUGCAAACAGUUGAAACGUGCAGCCUUGGGGCGGAUGUGUACCAUAAUCAAGAGACAGAAGCAGAGCCUGGAAUAUUUAGAACAAGUGCGACAGCAUUUAUCACGAUUGCCAACCAUUGAUCCUAACACACGAACUCUCCUGUUGUGUGGGUACCCCAACGUUGGGAAAUCAAGUUUCAUAAAUAAGGUAACAAGAGCUGAUGUAGAUGUGCAGCCAUAUGCAUUUACCACAAAAUCUCUGUUUGUGGGACAUAUGGAUUACAAGUAUUUGCGUUGGCAGGUCAUAGAUACUCCUGGUAUUUUGGAUCAUCCUUUGGAAGACCGAAACACCAUCGAGAUGCAGGCCAUAACUGCACUUGCACACCUCCGGUCCGCUGUGCUUUAUGUCAUGGAUAUAUCAGAACAGUGUGGCCAUAGCUUGGAAGAACAGCUGGCACUUUUUGAGAAUAUUAAGCCUUUAUUUGCCAACAAGCCUCUAAUUAUUGUAGCCAAUAAAUGUGAUGUGAAAAGGAUUUCUGAACUUUCAGAAGAGAAUCAGAAAAUAUUUGCUGAAUUAGAAGCUGAUGGACUUCCUGUAAUCGAGACAAGCACCAUGACAGAAGAAGGUGUUAUUCAGGUUAAAACUGAAGCUUGUGACAGAUUGCUGGCCCAUCGCGUUGGCACCAAAAUGAAAGGAAACAAAGUGAAUGAUGUACUGAACAGGCUACAUUUAGCUCUUCCAACAAAAAGGGACAACAAGGAAAGGCCCCCUUUUAUUCCGGAAGGAGCCUUGAUGCGGAAGAAGCACAUGGAAGUUGAUGGCCCGAAAAAGAAAUUGGAGAAAGACGUGGAAAUGGAAAUGGGGGACGAAUAUAUAUUGGAUCUUAAGAAAUAUUGGGAUCUGAUGAAUCCAUCUGAAAAAUACGAUGUGAUACCUGAGAUUUGGGAAGGUCAUAACAUAGCUGAUUAUAUUGACCCAGACAUCAUGAAAAAAUUGGAACAACUGGAGAAAGAAGAAGAGCUAAAGGAAACAGCUGGAGAAUAUGAUAGUGAUUCAGAAAGCGAAGAUGAGGAAAUGAUGGGAAUCAGGCAGUUGGCACAACAAAUUCGUGAGAAGAAGAAACUGAAGAUCCUGGAAUCAAAGGAGAAGAAUAUACACGGGCCCAGAAUGCCUAGAACAGCUAAAAAGGUUCAACAGAAAACCCUUGAACAGGAGAUGACCAAUCUUGGUCUUCAAGUAACUAGCAACAGUGAGGUACACUAUUUAGCCGAGGGAAGAAGAUCGCGCGCUGUUACCCGCAAACGUAAGCGAGAAGACUCUGAAUCCUCUGCAUCUAUGCCAGUAAGCCGUAGCAGGUCUACACCUCGUGAUGUCUCUGGUCUUCGUGAUGCUAAGAUGGUGAAGAAAGCAAAAACCAUGAUGAAGAAUGCUCAAAAGGUGAUGAAUCAAUUGGGCAAGAAAGGCGAAGCAGAUAGAACUGUCUUUGACCUUAAGCCCAAACACCUGUUUUGUGGGAAGAGAAAAGCCGGCUCAACUACUCGACGAUAAAGCAACUAUUAAGGAAAAAAUAAAAAUAAAAUAUCUCUAUGUUGAGAGAAAUAAAUAAAUUGCAAGCAUUGAAA